GGAGGCGCUGCGAUUGGUCCUUCGCUGUGGCGACGGCGACGAUUGGCCUCUGCAUGCGGAGCGCGGUGAGCCGGUGUGGGCCAUUGGCAUUCAAAAGGGGCCGCUGUGGCUCUCUGCGUCGUCGCAGGCGGAUGUUAGAACGCCGGCCUCGGGAUUUUCCGGAGCCCAGUCCUUUCGUUACGCCCCCCCCGACCCCCGGCGUGUGUGGGACGGACGUGGACAUGGAGCCGCAGAAGUCUGCCCUGUUAGAAGUGAAGGGGAAUGUAGAGCUGAAGAGACCCCUGGUUAAGGCCUGUCCCCGGCUUCUUCUCUCAGGAAGCAGACUCAAGAGCGCACCUGACAAGAUGGGGGAUGCCUUGGAGCCUGAGAAAGCUCAAAAAGUUUCCAAGAAGACAGGGCCUCGGUGUUCUACAGCUAUUGCCACAGUGGUGAAGAACCAGAAGCCAGUUCCUGCUGUUGCUAUCCAGAAGCCUGACACAUCAGCUGUUCCUCCCAUGGUGGGAGGGAAGAAACCCAGCAAACGUCUGGCUUGGGACUUAAGGGGUCAGUUAUGUGACCUAAAUGCAGAGUUGAAAUGCUGUCGUGAGAGGACUCAAACACUGGACGAUGGAAACCAGCAGCUGCAGGACCAGCUCAGAGAUGCCCAACAACAGGCCAAGACCCUGGGGAUAGAGCGUGGGACACUGGAAGGGGAGUUGGCUAGGGUACGGGCCCAGGCUGAGCAGGGCCAGCAGGAGCUGAAGAACCUCAGUGCCUGAGUCCUGGAGCUGGAAGCACGACUGGGCACACAGGAUUGCUUGGUUCAGGAGCUCCAGAAAGAAGAAUAGCUGGAAUUACAGGAGGAGCGGAGGCAACUGACCUCCCGACUGGAGGAACAAGAGGUGGAGGCCCUGCACCGUCUGGCCCAUCAGAACCGGGCUGUGGCCCACACUGCCCAGAAUGAGCGAUCAUCACGUAGCCACAGUGUGUUCCAGGUGAACCGGUGUGUUACUGAUACUGCUCAGGCCUGCACGAAGUGAAGACGGAUCCAGAUGCUGUGUGUGUGUACUGCGGGGGUGGGUGCUGAGGGAUGUUUAAUUGGGUGGAGGGCGUUAUGUAUAAAGAAUAAAGUAAAGUUUAAAAUAAAGGUUUUAUUGCAUUUGC